AUGGUCUUCACCUGCGGCACGUGCUGGCGUGAGUUCCCUGCCGGGUGGGAGUCGCGCCAGCAACAUUUCGAUGCAACCGGGCACCGCGAGCCGUUGUACGAGUGCGACACGUGCGACAGGUACUGCUCUUCUCGAAGUGGCAUCGAGCAACACAUGAAUGCUCUGGAUCAUUGGGCCGACUCCGUGUCGUCCAAUAGCGACCUGUAUGAAUGCGAUGAUUGUUCCGACGUCUUCUCGGAGGAGGCAGACUUUCGCUACCACGAGCAGCAGUACCAUUACUACUGCGACCCCUGCGACCGCUACUUCGGCAACUGGAACAAUCUGAACCAGCAUCUCAACUCCAGGAUCCAUCGGACCUCAAGUAUCCAAUGCCCUUUCUGCAAGCAGACACGUGCCACCGCGACUGGCCUCAUCCACCAUCUCGAGCAAGGCGGAUGCCCCAACGCCCCCCUCAAUCGUGAGAAGCUCUACGAAGCUGUCCGCCGACGCGACCCGAAUGGGGUCAUUACCAAGAAGCUUCUCACCUGGCAGGGCUCCACCACGUACACGGCAACAGCCAAGACUUGGAACCCGAAGACCCGAGCCUACGAAUGUUACCUGUGUCACCACCAAUAUCGCGCGUUGGAGCAUCUCAAUCAGCACCUCAACUCUCCAGUUCACAAGCAGACACUCUACCAUUGCCCGAACAGCCGCUGUGGAAUGGAUUUCACCCUCUUGGCUGCCGUUAUCAAUCACUUGGAAAGUGAGAGCUGCAAGUUCAUGCACUUCGAUGCUGUUCAGCUGAAUGUCGAGCGCAUCAUCGACCCCGGCCGGAUGAUUUCUUUCUGA